AUGGCGCAAGACAAGGCCAUGGGCGCGGAGGUGAUGCCUACCGUUAGCCAUCACAAUGACCAGGGCGAGGCCAUCACGGCCAUGCAGAACGAGCGCCAUAUGAGCGUCAAGGACUCGUUCCGGUUCUGGCCCAAGGCGAUUCUCUUCUCGUUCAUCAUCUCUCUCGCCAUCAUUAUGGAGGGUUAUGAUACCAACUUGAUGAGCAAUUUCUACGUUUUCCCGGCGUUCAUGGAAAGAUACGGCGACGAGAUCGACUCCAAUGGAGAUCCUCUGGUCUCGGCCCGUUGGCAGACCAUUAUCAACAACGGCACCCAGGUCGGUUCCAUCGUUGGCCUCAUCAUCAACGGUAUCAUCACCGAAUGGAUCGGCUACAAGAAGACCAUGAUCGUCUCCAUGAUUGCCAUGAUCGGCGCCGUCUUCAUCCCCUUCUUCUCCAACGGCCUGCCCAUGUUCUUGGCCGGAGCUCUGAUCCAGGGUAUCCCGUGGGGCAUCUUCCAGACGCUCGCCGUCACGUACGCGGCCGACAUCUGCCCCAUGUCUCUGAGAGGCUACAUGACGUCCUGGGUUAACAUGUGCUGGGUUAUUGGCCAGCUGAUUAGCAGUGGAAUGCUUCGCGGGCUCUUGAAGAUUGACAAUGAAUGGGGAUACCGCAUCCCCUUCGCAAUCCAAUGGGUCUGGCCCAUUCCCAUCAUCAUCGGCACGCUGUUCGCCCCGGAGAGCCCCUGGUGGCUCGUCCGCAAGAACCGUCUCGAGGAGGCCAAGGAGUCGGUCCGUAGCCUGACCUCCCCCAAGAGCGGCAUCGAGUUCGACCUCGACGCCCACAUCGAGAUGAUGCGCGUGACAAACCAGUUCGAGAUCGAGGUCAGCUCCGGCGCGCACUACUGGGACUGCUUCCGCGGCGUCGACCUCCGCCGCACCGAGAUUGCCUGCAUGGUCUGGCUGACGCAGUCCUUCUGCGGCGUGCCGUUCAUGGGCUACGGCACCCAGUUCAUGAUCAACGCAGGCCUCAGCAGCGAGAACGGCUUCACCAUGAGUCUGGUGCAGAACUGCAUCGGUCUCAUUGGCUGCAUCAUUGCCUGGUACAUCAUGACGCAUAUUGGCCGUCGCACGCUGUAUCUGGCCGGUCUGUCGGCCAUGUUCGUGGUGCUGAUUGUCAUUGGCGGCAUUGGCAUUCCCCAAGACGCGGCUGGCCUUUCUGCGAGGUCUUGGGCUGUGGGGGCCCUCAUCAUCGUCAUGCUCUUUGCGUUCCAGCUCAGCGUCGGCCCCUCGUGCUACACCCUCGUAGCAGAGAUACCGUCCACUCGCCUUCGCGUCAAGACCGUCGCCCUCUCGCGCGCCUUCUACAACUCGGGCGGCUUCAUCGUCAACGCGAUCCAGCCCAAGAUUGUCGGAAAGAAUGACUGGAAUUGGGGUGCUAGAGGUGGCUUCUUCUGGGCCGGCAUCACGUUGCUGUUCCUGACCUGGACCUUCUUCCGCCUCCCGGAGCCCUUUGGACUCACCUACUCUGAGCUCGACUUGCUAUUCGAGCACCGCGUUGGUGCUCGUCACUUUUCGCAAGAGGCCGCCGACUCUCUGCGCCCGCAGUUGGAGGAGGUCGCCAACCGCCAUGAGAAGGUGACUGCUGUCAUAAGCCAUCAGGAGGCGUGA